GUUGUUUGUGUCUUGCAGACGUCCAGCAGCUGAUGGGUAAUCCAGAAGAACUUCCCCCUCAAUCUCCCGGGGCGAGCUCCACUUUGAAGCAGGAGACUCCACAACCACCCUGCAUUAAAAAGGAAGAGGAGGAACUCUGCAUCACUCAGGAGGGAGAGUGUCUUCUAGGACGAGAGGAAGCUGAUUACACCAAGUUUCCACUGACUGUUGUCUCUGUGAAGACUGAAGAUGAUGAAGAGAAACCACAAGUAGACAACCUCUUAGCUCCACUAUCAGACAGUGAGGCUGAAGACGAGGUUGAAGAACCUUUGAGCAGCGAUACAGACUGUGAAGGUGAUAUGAGGACUCACACUGACAACAAACACUCUGAAUGCUCUUCAGAGAAGAGAGGUGAAACAUGUUUGAGCUGCUCAGUUUGUGCUGAAAGUUUUACGAAAAAGAGCCAUUUGACUCAACACAUGAGAACACAUAUGGGCAAACAACCAUUUAAGUGUUCAGUUUGUGGCAAAAGCUUUUCUCGAAAUAGCUCUUUGACUCCACACAUGAGAACACACACAGGUGAAAAACCUUUUAUUUGUUCAGUUUGUGGCAAAAGCUUUUCUCGAGAUAGCCAUUUGACUCAACACAUGAGUACACACACAGGUGACAAAACAUGUAAAUGUUCAGUUUGUGGCAAAAUCUUUACUCGAAAUACCUCUUUGACUGAACACAUGAGAACACACACAGGUGAAAAAUCAUUUAGUUGUUCAGUUUGUGGCAAAAUAUUUUCUGCUAAGAGGUAUUUGACUGAACACAUGAGAACACACACUGGUGAAAAACCAUUUAGUUGUUCAGUUUGUGACAAAAGCUUUUCUGUUAAGAGCACUUUGACUGAACACAUGAGAACACACACAGGUGAAAAACCAUAUGAGUGUUCAGUUUGUGGUAAAAGCUUCCCUUAUAACCGCUCUUUGUGGCAACACAUGAGAACACACACUGGAGAAAAAACAUUUAGUUGUUCAUUGUGCUGUAAAAGGUUCUCACGUCAUGCAGCCGCAGUAAGACACUCAAGAACACACAAGGGAAAAUAAGCAAUUAGCUGUUUAGUUUGUGGUAUGUUGCUCAUAUGUGGCGACAUCCACCCUACCCAGGACCUCCUCACUGCUUCUUUCACAAAUAUCUGACGUAUUCAUGCAAACUUGGAUUAUUUGGAGCAUAAUCUUAUCCACUCAUGACCCCAUGUCUUCUCUGUAUCUGAAACCUUCCUGAACAGUAAGAUAGAUGAUGCUUCAAGUGCUUGGUUACUCCUUCUUCAGUCCAGGGACCUGGGGCCUCAUGUGUCACAAACCUGCACUACACCCUUUUUCACUGCAAAUGUGAGAUGAAUCAAAACUGAUGUUGACACAUAAGUGAUGCUGGCUAACUGUUUGCAUAACAAACUUGCCAACUUUUACUCCUCAGACUGAUUGAUGUGCAAAUCAGAGACAUAUGAACAAUUAACCAUUGAGAUAAAGAUGACCUGUUAUCAAAGCUCUACAAUGAGGGGCCUGGGGGUCCCCACCCUCCUGUCUGUUGUAGUCUUAAAACGGAUCUUGACAGCUGUUGAUUGAGGUAGCAAUGAAAGAAGCAGUCAUAUAAGCAUGUGUGCAAUCUCAUGAAUGAAAUCAAAUGUGCUGGGUCGUAGGAAUGGGAACAGUCACAUCCUUCAUGAUUGAAUGUAACCACGCCCCCCAUCGUUGGAUGAUGCUGAGACAAUUGAUCACACAGUGACUUAUCAUCAUUCCUUCAGUUUCUACUUAAAGUGGAACAUUAUCACCAGACCUAUGUAAGUGUCAAUAUAUACCUUGAUGGUGCAGAAAAAGACCAUCUAUUUUUUUAACCGAUUUUCGAACUUUA